AUGGAUAUUUUGUGUAUUUUGCCAAAAUAUAUAAAUAUUUAUGAUUUUAUUGCUGAAGAUGAAUGUGGGUUAUAUGGAAGUUUAAUGGCUGUUAUAGGCUCGGAUAAUAUAAACAUUGUAAAAACAAGCAGAAUUUUGAUGCUCGAAUUAAAAAUGAAUGGAAUUGAUGUUGAUUUAAUUUAUGCACAAAUUCCAUUUGAAAAAAUUGAAACAAAUUUUGAUAUAAUGGAUAAUGAAAUUAUUGAAGAAAAUAAAAAUAAGAGAAGCAUUUUAGCUUUAGCAGGUUAAAUA